AUGGCGGACCCAAAGACCUGCCCGCCGCUGACGCGCGCCUCGGUGGUCGCGGCGCACGACCUCGUGCGGCCGCACGUCCACCGCACGCCGGUGCUGACCAACUCGACGCUGACGCGGCUGGCGUCGACGCCGGCGGGGGACAGGCCCGGGGACAGAGAGGCGGCGGGGAGUGAUGAGAACGGUGGUGAGGAAAAGAGGGAGACGAAGGCGCGCCCGGUCAUCCGGCUGUGGUUCAAGUGCGAGAACCUGCAGCGGGUCGGGGCGUUCAAGGUGCGCGGGGCGUUCCACGCCGUCGAGAGGCUCAAGGCCGAUGAGGGGUGGGUUGCUGGUGGGGGGCUGAAGAGGGGGGUGGUCACGCAUAGCAGUGGAAACCACGCGCAGGCCCUCGCCCUCGCGGCCCGUGAGUCCGGCAUCCCCGCGCACAUCAUCAUGCCCGAGAUCUCGGCGCCGGGCAAGGUCGCCGCGACCAAGGGGUACGGCGCCAACGUCGUUUUCAGCGGGUCGACGUCUGUCGAGCGCGAGGCCGUCGCGGCGCGCGUCAUGGCCGAGACGGGCGCCACGCUCGUGCCGCCCUACGACCACCCGGACAUCGUCCUCGGCCAGGGCACGAUGGGCCUUGAGUUCCAGGACCAGGUGGACGAGCUGAUGGCGAGCGACAGGGGCACGGAGAAGAAAGGCCUGGACGCAAUCAUCACGCCCUGCGGCGGCGGCGGCAUGCUCUCCGGCGUGGCGCUGUCGUGCGAGGGGACCGGGAUCCGCGUGUUCGGCGCCGAGCCGUCGUUCCAGGGCGCGGACGACUGCCGGCGCGGUCUGGCGGCGGGCAAGCGCGUCGAGAGCGUGUCCACCCUGACGGUCGCCGACGGCCUGCGCACGCCCGUCGGUGCGAUACCGUGGAGCAUCAUUCACGACAGGAAGCUGGUGCAGGCUGUGUUCGCCGUGACCGAGGCGCAGAUCGCGGCGGCGCUGCGGCUCGUCCUCGAGCGCAUGAAGGUCGUCGUCGAGCCCAGCUCUGCGGUGCCGCUCGCCGUCGUGCUGUUCAACGAGGAGUUCCGGGCGCUGGUGGAGAGGGAGGCUGGGCCUGAGGGGUGGGAUGUUGGGGUUGUGUUUAGUGGGGGGAAUGUUGGGCUUGAUAAACUUGGGAUGUUGUUUGGUUCGUGA